AUGUUGGUCUCCCUUCCAUUUACCAGUAUUGAACCUUUUGAUUUCUGUCAGGGACAGGAGAUGUUUCUGCUCAUCCUCGCUGCUGGUGGCCUCCUGGGUGUUCUGCUAUUGAAUGCAGUCAUAGGUCGAAAACACCGGAGAUUGCCUCCAGGUUGCAAGGGCAUUCCGGGCCCACCAAGUCUACCUCUUCUCGGGAAUCUCCAUCAAAUUCCCAAGGACUAUCCAUGGCGCAAGUUCAAAGAAUGGUCGGAUAUUUAUGGGCCUAUUAUGCAAGUGAGGCUGGGCAGCCAGAGUGUGAUUGUCCUGUCCAACGAUGAGACGGUCAGAGAGCUUUUGGAGCGACGUGGUCAAAACUAUUCGUCGCGACCUCAAACUUACAUGGCAUGCGACGUUCUAUCUGGCAAUCUUCGGCCCCUGUUGAUGCCUUAUGGAGACCGUUGGAGGAGAGUCCGUAAAUUUAUUCAUCAAAUGACAAUGCCUACCAAAGCGUUGAGCUACCAACCUCGUCAAGAUCGCGAAUCGCGUAAACUGUUAUUCGAUCUAUUACACGAACCCCAAGAUUUUGCACGUCACUACUAUCGCUACGCCAGUGGUCUUAUCAUGGGUCUGACAUACGAUAAGCCGGUCGUGACAGGCAAGGAAGAAUAUGUAAGGAUGAUUGUGGAAGUUAAUGAUACCCUCGAACACACUGCAAAACCAGGGGCAUUUCUAGUCGAUUCUCUCCCACCGUUGAGAUAUAUACCUUCCUUUAUGGCACCUUUCAAGCGCCUGGGAAAGGCUGCCCACGAAUUCGAGCGCGGGCUUUUUAUGAACCUAUUGCGAGAAGUAGAGAAGAAACUGAAAUUUGGACUGCCCAUUGCUGAUUGUUUCGCCAAACAAUUUCUGAUUAAAGGAGACAAGAAAGAUUUGACCGACGACGAAGGUUCAUAUGUAUGCGGCACCAUGUUCGAAGCCGGCAGCGGCACAACCUCGGGCGCAUUGGAAAUUCUGACCAUGGCUCUCCUCCUCUUUCCCGAAGUUCAAGUCGAGGCUCAAAAUGAAUUGGAUGCUGUUUGUGGCGAUCGAAUACCUCAUUUCGGGGACGAAGAAAGUCUUCCGUAUAUCAAGGCCAUAACGAAAGAAGCCCUUAGAUGGCGUCCGAUUGUGACGCAAGGCAUAUUGCAUAUGACUGUCAAUGAUGACCGCUAUGGUGAUUACUUUAUUCCAGCAAACACUGCCGUACUUGGAAACCACUGGGCAAUUCACAUGGAUCCUGAAAUGUACCCCGAGCCUGAUAGAUUCAAUCCGAGACGCUUCAUCGAUUCGCCAUUUCCGACCGCCCGCGCAGUACAAGGAGUGGAGUAUGGCGCAAGUCGAGGACACUGGGCUUUUGGUUUCGGGCGCCGAGCUUGUCCAGGUCAGCAUAUCGGGGAAUUUAGCCUGUUUAUCCUGACAGCUCGGCUACUAUGGGCUUUCAAAUUCAAUAAAUAUGUGGAUGUUGAGGGACGUGUACACGAGCCUGAUCCCAUGGCAUUCACGACCGGUUUCAAUUCCAAACCACGAGAUUUCCCUGCAAUGAUCAUGCCGAGGAGUGACGCUCGGGCCGAGGCAGUCAAGAAAGCGUACCUGGAACAAUGGGAGAGGCCAGAAUAG